AUGGAAAUUCCUUUGUUCGCAGAUGGCCCAGCAGAUGCAUCGACUACCUGGGGCCAGACCGCCGAGACCAUCACGUUGUCGGUGCCUCUGCCGCCGUCAUCAAGGCCACGCGUGAGUUUCAAGCCGCGGCGCUUGGUCAUUGCGACGACGACAGCUGCCGCGGCCGCCGAGGAAGUGCUUCUGGACUGCGAGCUUUGUGGCGAAAUAUCUACACAGGAGAGCUGGUGGAGCUUCAGCGAUGGGGUCUUGGUCCUUGAGCUGAUGAAAAGACCGUGCGAAGGUGAGAUGCCGUGGUGGCCGUCAGCAGUACCCGGUGGGAAGCAAGGACCUCCAAGAGAGGCUGCACGGCCAGAUUUGCAGAGACUAGAUGCGAAAAUCGGAGAGCAAGUUGUGAAACCUGGACAAUUCGAAGGCAAAAGCAGCUUUCGAUGGUGA